AGAGCUCGGGGGGCGGGCUCUUACAAUGACAGCCAAUGCCGUGUUACGUUUGUAAUACGUUACUUAGCAUUAGUCGCAUCCGGGUGAGCACUUUAAGGUCCGCUCAGGAGUUCAUUUGAAGCUUGGAUCUCGGUCUUCAGGAUGUACGGAUCCUUUCGGUUACUGUUGCAGGUGCUGUCGGCCCAGCUGCUCUGUGUGUGGGUGCUGGGCUCCGAGCUAACUUUUGAGCUGCCAGACAACGCCAAGCAGUGUUUCUACGAGGACAUCAUCAUUGGCACCAAAUGUACACUGGAGUUUCAGGUGGUGACCGGUGGUCAUUAUGAUGUGGACUGUCGUUUGGAGGACCCAGAAGGCACGACACUCUACAAGGAGAUGAAGAAGCAAUAUGACAGCUUUACCUUCACAGCAGCCAAGAAUGGCACCUACAAGUUCUGCUUCAGUAACGAGUUCUCCACCUUCACACACAAGACAGUGUACUUUGACUUCCAGGUCGGCGAUGACCCUCCACUCUUCCCUAAUGAGAACAGAGUCACUGCUCUCACUCAGAUGGAAUCAGCCUGCGUUUCCAUCCACGAAGCCCUGAAAUCGGUCAUCGACUACCAGACUCACUUCCGCCUCCGUGAGGCCCAGGGUCGCAGUCGGGCAGAGGACCUCAACACCCGUGUUGCGUUCUGGUCCAUCGGAGAGGCCAUUAUCCUUCUGGUGGUCAGCAUCAGUCAGGUGGUCCUGCUGAGGAGUUUCUUCUCUGACAAGAAGACCACUACAACACGCGUCGGAUCAUAACAGUCUCUGAGGCCCAGGAUCUGAUUCGUCACUUUCUUUAGCCGUACCUGGGCUCGUGUGCAUAGAGUAGGUUGGAAUAUCAGUGCUGAGCUGACAUUGGAUCAUAUCAAACUGCCAGGUCAAACAAUCUGACACGUCAUCUUUAUUCAGCAUUGGUAUUCAUACAAACUUCAUGCAAAUGAGUCUUGAGCGAAAAGGUUGUAUGUGUUCAAAAUGUUUUAGAGGGGUAAAAGAGAAAACCUGUAAAAAGGCUUUCUUGUGUUGCUUGUAACUAUCUGUACUGGAGGCAGUGUAAGCAGCUGAUCAUGUAGUUACAGCAAACCUUAAAUACUUAAAAAAUUUGAAAUUAUUUCUAAAUGUAUUCUUAUUUUAUUUGUGUCCUUUUCUACCCCGUCAUCUUCUACCCUGAUCUCUUCCAUUUUUUCAGCCCAAACUGUGCACUGAAAUAACAAAGAGUGGUUGCAGUGCAUUGAGUCUCUAAAACCACGCCGACAAUGCAAAGAACGUUUCCCCCCCGAAGGUUGUAUUUGGUUUUGAAAAAUCUGUUUUUUUUUUCUUUGCUAUUAAACCUCACUGUGUUAGUGAGAAAGAGUAUAUAUUGUGUUGUGCUUUUAUCAGCUUUGUCAUUUUAGAUGAGUUAUAAGAAGAGAGUGUGCUGUACAGAGAGAACGCCAUCAUUUAAUCUAAUAUUAGCUAAAACAGUUCAGAUUUGGGUUGAAGGAUUGAAUUUAGAGAUGCAAGUGGUCUCCGUUGAGUGACUGCAGACUCAAUUCCUUUGAAAAGUUUAAGUCAGUUUCUGCAUUUUGGGUUCCAUUUGCUCGAUUAAACACCGAGGUAAAGUUGGUCUUCAGGUUGACCACACUUCAGUGAAUUGCCUCCUAAAAAUGUCAAAAUAAUCUGUGUGACUCAGUGUGGGAGGCAAAAAAAGAAAUGACUGAUAUCAUCCUUGUGUUUGAAAAUGACACAUUGUAUGUGUUAGAGGAGCACUUCACCCACAAAAUGACCAUUUGUAAAUCUAUUCGUCAUGCUGUGUCACCUUGAAUUCAUGAAGAAACUUUAUUUUUCUGGCAUGCCUCCAUGGAAAGUGGUGAACGUAUUGAUUUAUUGAUUGAUCAGGGGCCACGUUUAGCAACAAAACCAUAUCAGAACAUCAGUGUACAAACUCUCACACAACUCAUGCAGUAUAAUUCAAGUCUCAUUUAUCCAGUCGUAUGCUCAGUGCUUCCCACAGACAUGCAUUUUCACUAAAAAACCUUAGUCCUGGAGGCUAGAUGGAAGAGAACAUAGAUAAGUUUCCCUUUCAGUUCAGUCUUUAUAGUAAGGUUUUAGCAAAAACACAUGAGUUAGGCAAGUACUGUGCAUAUGACUGGAUAAAUGAGACUUGGAUUACACUGUGCAAGUUGUGGAAGAGUUUGUAAACUGAUGUUUUCAUAUAGUUUUGUUGUUACACAUGGUCCCCACUCAAUCAAUAAGUCAAAAUGUUUGCUGCUUUUGGUGGAGCCAAGUGAGAAGGUAACACGGCAUGACUACUAGAUUGUGAAAAGGUCAUUUUAUAGUUGAAGCAUUCCUUUAAGUGGCCAUGCCAGAUUUUUUAAAUUCAAAAACUUUGUCUUUCACUGGUUCCCUUGCAAUGUUUUGUCUAGUACUGCCUUUACUGUUAAAAAUGUAACAUGUUAUUUUUUGUGGGCUGCUAUGAUCCUCUUGGUUUUAUGCAGCACUGUUGUAAAAUUUAUGUUGUUUUGCAAAAUAUUGCUUGAAUAUAAGAUUGAGUUGUGGUUGUAAUUUGAAAUUUUAUUCCCUUGCAGACUAUUCAGUUAAUUUUCUAAAUUAAGAGGAAGGAGGAUUUGGACAUCUUAAAUCUGUUAAUAUGACUGGUUCUGAAUAUUCUUGCCUGUAAGAAGCACUACAUGCUGGCUUAGUUCAGUCUGGCAGAGUCGCUAAAAUAUUUUUUUAUUUUAUUCAGUUAUUAGUUCUGGUCUGGCUUUGCUUCCUUUGUGAUGCUUUCCCCCUUUCAUCAUGUUUUCAUUGUCAGUUUUGGUGAGUGGUGCAGUGUUGGCAUUUCACUUUUGGGUUUGUGCACUUACAGGUCAUUUUUGGACACACAUUUAGCUCUCAAGCAUUCUGGGAACUUUUUAAGUUAUUGGGAUGGCUGAAUAAACUUUCUGUUAAAAUGUC